UUUCUGAAUUCAAUGACUUGAGGACUUACCGACGCGUCUUUCUCGGAAGAAAUCACAGAUAAAACUUACUGAAGAUAAUGAAAUAAUAAGUUACCACUUCACAAACUUUGAAAAAAAAAUAUCACCUCAGAAGCUAUUUUCUUGAAUCACAAUAACCAAAUGUAAUUUUCAAGAUGAACAAAUGUGUUAUUUCUUUUUUACUAAUUUGUGUGGCGUAUGUUGCGGAUUCAUUGAGUAUUGAUUCGACAUUCAAUAGAGACGGAUAUGAGUGUAAAGGUACUGAAUGUAUAGGGGAAAAUCAAAAGUGUGUUCCUAAAGGCAAUGAUUACUAUUGUGACUGCAACGUAAAUUUUAAACUGGUAGAUGAAGAGAAAAAAGGAGCUAAAGACGUACAAUGCAAGGACACCUUUGAGUGUACAUGUACUGAAUGUAUAGGGGAAAAUCAAAAGUGUGUUCCUAAAGGCAAUGAUUACUAUUGUGACUGCAACGAAAACUUUAAACUGGUAGAUGAUAAGAAAAAAGGAACUAAAGAAAUACAAUGCAAGGAUGAAUAUGAGUGUGAAGGUACUGAAUGUACAGGGAAAAAUCAAAAGUGUGUUCCUAAAGGCAAUGAUUACUAUUGUGACUGCACUGAAAAUUUUAAACUGGUAGAUGAUAAGAGAAAAGGAACAAAAGACGUUCAAUGCAAGGAUAAAUUUGUGUGUGGAGGUACUGAAUGUACAGGGGAAUAUCAAAUGUGUAUUCCAAAAGGAAAUGAUUACUUUUGUGACUGCAAUAAAGACUUUAAACUGGUAGAUGAAGUAAAAAAAGGAACGAAAGAUAUACAAUGCAAGGAUAAAUAUGAGUGUGGAGGUACAGAAUGUACAGGGGAAAAUCAAAGGUGUAUUCCGAAAGGAAAUGAUUACUUUUGUGACUGCCAAAAAGACUUUAAACUGGUAGAUGAAACCCUAAAAGGAAUUAAAGAUAUAGAAUGCAGAGAUAAAUAUGAGUGUCUAGGUACAGAAUGUACAGGGGAAAAUCAAAUCUGUAUUCCGAAAGGAAAUGAUUACUUUUGUGACUGCCAAAAAGACUUUAAACUGGUAGAUGAAGGCAAAAAAGGAACGAAAGUUAUACAAUGCAAGGAUUUCGAUACUACACCAGGGGAGCUUUCGACAAGAUUCAACUAUUUAACUUCCACACCAGGAGAACUGCCGACAAGAUUCAAAUAUUUAACUUCCACACCAGGAGAACUGUCGACAAGCUUGAAAUAUUUAACUUCCACGCGAGGCGAACUGUCGACAAGAUUCAACUAUUUAACUUCCACACCAGGAGAACUGUCGACAAGCUUGAAAUAUUUAACUUCCACACCAGGAGAACUGUCGACAAGAUUCAAAUAUUUAACUUCCACACGAGGAGAAUUUUCAACAAGAUCCAAAUCAAUUUGUGAUGAAGAUAGAAAUGACUGUGUCAAUGGAGCAGAAUGCUUACAACUUGGAAAUCAACGAUUCUGCCACUGCUUGAAAGGAACAUAUGGAGACAAAUGUCAACACAUGUGGGACUGUGAUGAAAGAUAUAAUUUGAAAUGCAAUUAUAAGAAUGGUGAAAUUUGUGCAUAUAACACGACGUUGGAAGAAUCGGAAUGUUUAUGCGUAGAAAGUGAAUUGCAGUAUGACACUGAACAGGGAAAGUGCAAAAAAACAUGUGUGGUUGGAAAUCAUGAUUGUGAAAAUGGAGCUAUCUGUAAAACCGUCGGAAACUAUGGUUUCUGUGAAUGUCGUCUGGGUACUACUGGGCACAAAUGUGAAAGAGUAACAGACUGUGACUUCAUGAAUUGCACCAAUACUACUGGUGGAAGGUGCGAUUAUGACAGACGUUUAGAAAUAGCUAAAUGCGUGUGUGAUAAUGGUCUGAAGUACGAUGAAUAUGCCUAUGAAUGUAGAGAAAUAUGUAAUCCUCAAAAGAAUGAUUGUCAAAAUGGAGCUAUGUGUGAAAAAGAAGGUAACUACAGUUUCUGUAGAUGUAUCCCGCGUUCCUAUGGACACAAAUGCGAAAUUGUGGACGAUUGUGAAAGUCAAAAAGUGAUAUGCAAUGAGAAUAGUGGAGCAAGGUGUGGAAUUAACAUGGAUUUUAGAGGCGCUGAAUGUUUAUGUGACAAUGGUCUUAAAUACGAUGAAGAAUCUCUUACAUGCAGAGAAACAUGCAACUUCUAUAAAAAUAAAUGUGAAAAUGGUGCACAUUGUAAUCGUAUUGGAGCCUACUUAUUUUGUGACUGUCCUCCAGGAUAUUUUGGACAUCGAUGUGAAGAAGUCACAGAUAAAGGUGAAUACAGUCCACUAUUAUUCAUAUUACUAUGCAUCACAUCAGGAUUUCUUUUGAUAUCUACAAUCACUCUAGUCAUUAUUUUCAUAAAAUUUAGGAGCAGAAGAAAUAAGUAAUAAAAGAAAACAUUUAUUGUCUAUCUCGAAUCAUG